AUUGCUUUAUUUUAUGGACAACCUGUCACUUAUUAUUGUUCUCACUCACUCUCGCGAGAUCACACCAUUAUCAAACAUGGCGGCCGCGAUGGAUGUAGACACCCCGAGUGGCGCUAACAGUGGAGCCAGUAAAAAGCGUUUUGAAGUGAAAAAGUGGAAUGCUGUGGCUCUGUGGGCUUGGGACAUCGUAGUGGACAACUGUGCCAUUUGCAGAAAUCACAUUAUGGACCUCUGUAUAGAGUGUCAGGCCAAUCAGGCGUCAGCUACAUCAGAGGAGUGUACAGUGGCCUGGGGAGUCUGUAAUCAUGCGUUUCAUUUCCACUGCAUCUCUCGCUGGCUGAAGACCAGACAGGUGUGUCCUCUGGACAACAGAGAGUGGGAGUUCCAGAAGUAUGGCCAUUAGCAGCCCAGUGUCUGUGCUUCAGAGCCAGGAUUUUCUUUCCUAAGAAGCAUUUUUGUUUAGACAUCACCAUUCUCUCCUUGUCAAAGGCCCGAUGUUCCACAUUUAAAUUGUGCUAGUUUUUUUAUUUCUGUGCUGUAUGCAGCUCUCUGAGCUGUAAAUUAUCAAUAAAGUCUCUUUAAAUU